CCUUUUCGAGAGCGACGCGCAGCAUUUGGAUGAUGCAGCCAAGGUCCGGCUGUUGCUGCGAAAAUUGGACACCGCUUCCCACAGUCGGUAUUUGAAUUACAUCCUUCCAAGGCUUCCUAAGGAUGUUACGUUCAAGGACACCGUGGAAACGUUAAUCAAAAUUUUCGGAGAACAAACCUCACUUUUCCGACGCCGGUUCCAGUGUCUCCAACUGGCGAAAAGCGAAGGAGACGACAUCAUAACCUACGGCGGAAAGGUAAACCGAGCGUGUGAAGAUUUCGAUUUUGUGAACCUAACAAUCGACCAGUUCAAAUGUCUGGUUUUCGUGACCGGACUGAAGGCAUCCAAGCACGCUGAUAUUCGGACGAGAUUGCUCACCCGGAUGGAAAACGAGAGACCGGACGCACCAGUGACUCUUCAAACUCUCAUCGACGAGUUCCAGCAGCUCGUUAAUCUGAAAGCAGACACCAGCUUGAUUGAGCAUCCAGCCAACUCGAAAGCAGCAGUACACGCCAUCAGUGAGAAGAAGAGACCAUCAGAAGUUCCCAAGCUCUCGUUUAAACCGGAAGCCAAAUCUCCAAAGACGCCGUGCUGGCAAUGCGGCCAGAUGCACUUCGUGAAGGAUUGCACAUACAGCAGCCAUCUGUGCAAAUCUUGCAACCGUGUGGGACACAAGGAAGGGUACUGCGGAUGCUUCACCAAGACUUCAAACACGCCUGCUGGGGAUAAUUCCAACCAAAAGGGUAAGAAGAACCAGUAGAAGAAGACCAAGUACCAUGCCAACAUCGUUCACACUGUAAACCACACCGGUAAUCUCACCCGUUUCGUCACGACAAUGAUGAACGGACGUCAAGCCACACUGCAACUCGACAGUGGAUCACCAAUCACCAUCAUCAGUGAAGAGACCUGGAGGAAGGUUGGAUCACCUGCACUCAAGCCAUCGUCCUGUGAAGCACUUUCUGCAACCAAAGAUCCUCUGCCGCUGCUGGGGGAAUUCACCUGUCUCGUAGGAGUCAACGACGUCAUCAAGCCUGGACUAUGCCGAGUAACGUCAGUCAAGGGACUCAACCUGUUCGGCUCGGAAUGGAUGGACCUCUUCGAGAUGUGGACGAAACCAUUGUCAUCGUUCAUUAAUCAAGUGAAUCAAUCCAAUUCAAAUUCCUUUUCUGGAAAGCAUUUCCUCAUGCGGUUUCCCGAAGUUUUUCAGGACACUCUUGGGCAUUGCCAGAAAGCUCAAAUCAGUCUUCACCUGAAGCCAGAUGCCAGACCGAUUUUUCGACCCAAACGCCCGGUUCCAUACAACGCCAUUCCCUUGGUCGAAACCGAGCUCAAUCGUCUGCAGCAGUUGGACAUUAUCUCACCAGUAGAUUACUCCGACUGGGCAGCUCCUAUCGUGGCAGUUCGGAAGCCGGGUGGCAAGGUUCGAAUUUGUGCCGACUACUCAACUGGGCUGAACUCGAUGCUGGAGGCGCACAAUUUUCCACUUCCCACACCGGACGACAUCUUCUCGAAGUUGGCUGGAAGCAAAGCGUUCAGCAUAAUCGAUCUGUCGGACGCUUACCUACAGGUUGAAGUCGACGAUGCAUCGAAGCGACUCCUCACCAUCAACACCCACCGGGGCCUAUUCAACUUCAACAGGCUGGCUCCUGGUGUAAAGUCAGCACCCGGUGCUUUCCAACAGCUUAUGCACACCAUGAUUGCUGGGAUUUCCGGUGUUGAGGUGUUCCUGGAUGACUUCAUCAUCUUCAGCAAAAACGAGGAGCAACACUAUCAGACGUUGUGCACCCUGUUCAGUUGCCUCCAAGAAUAUGGGUUCCAUCUGAAGCUGGAAAAGUGUCAUUUCUAUCAGCGGGAAAUCAAAUAUCUGGGGCACAUCGUCGACGCAAAUGGCCUACGCCCGGAUCCGGAGAAAACAGCAGCAAUUUCCACGAUGCCACGUCCAACCGAUAUUUCCACACUGCGAUCGUUCUUGGGCGCAGUGAAUUUUUACGGAAAAUUCAUCCGUGAAAUGCAUCAACUCCGAAGACCGCUGGAUCAACUUCUGAAAAAAGAUGCAAAAUUCGUUUGGAGUGCCGAAUGCCAACAAGCCUUCACCGACAUCAAGCAAGUUCUUCAGUCGGACCUAUUACUUACCCACUAUGACCCAGCGUUGGAGAUCAUCGUGGCGGGUGAUGCAUCCAACACCGGCAUUGGAGCGGUCAUCAUGCAUCGUUUCCCGGACGGUCGUAUCAAGGCAGUCGCUCAUGCGUCCAAGACUCUGUCGUCGGCUGAACAAAACUACGGACAAAUCGAAAGGAGGCGCUCGCUCUGGUCUUUGCUGUCACCAAGUUCCACCGCAUGCUGUUGGGACGAAGGUUCAAGCUACAGACUGACCACCAGCCACUGGUGAAAGUCUUUGGAUCGAAGAAAGGAGUUCCCAUCCACACGGCAAAUCGGUUGAAGCGUUGGGCACUUACACUGCUUGGGUACGAUUUCGAUAUCGAGUUCGUAUCUACCAACAAUUUCGGCUAUGCGGAUGUACUAUCGA